CCUAGGAGCUUAGCAAUCCCAAUGACGUGCGGAACAAUAACCACUCAGCUACUGUUGCUCUGUUUGACCUGUUUCCAUGUUUGUUUCUCCUCUGCCACUCCAACCUACGUCACUCAAUAUUGCCAAAACACAACCACUAAUGAAUUCUCUCCAAAUAGCUCGUACCAAGUAAAUCUCAAUCUCGUCCUAUCUUUUCUAACAUCUAAUGCUUCGUCCCCCAAUGGAUUUUACAACGCUACCGCCGGUCUGUCUAAUAAUACAGUUUACGGUCUCUUCCUCUGCAGAGGCGACGUCACUCGGGACGUCUGCCGGGAGUGCAUCGAAACAGCAAGUCGGGAGAUCAUACGAAGAUGUCCCAACGGUAGAGUGGCAUAUAUAUGGUAUGAUGAGUGUAUGCUUCGAUAUUCCAACCAGUUAAUUUUCUCCACUAUAAACGAGGUGCCUGGGUUUUCGUUUCCUAAUUCAUCAGACGUACCGAACCCAGGUGAGUUUAGUAAGCUAUUACGUCAGGUCGUCGACCGCCUUAGGAACCGGGUUGCGUUUGAUCCUUCUCUGGGCAAGUUUUCAACGGAAGUAGAUAAUUUCACAAGCUCUCAAACGUUGUAUAGCCUUGCGCAGUGCACUCCAGACUUGUCAGCAAACGAUUGCAGCAGAUGUCUUGUAGGUUCUGUAGCUAACAUCCCCAUAUGCUGCAAUGGGAAGCAAGGAGGAAAUUUUCUCAAUCCGAGUUGUAGUUUGAGGUACGAUAUGUACCCUUUCUUUCGGGUGACAGCCGCUACAGAAUUUCCUUCUACGACGACGACAACAACAACCAACACCAGUAGCGGAAAGGAGAGAAAUAAAUCUCGAUCUAUUGUCCUUAUCGUCGUUCCUUUAAUUUCAAUAACGGUGCUCCUCUGUGCCAUCUUUUCAUGGAGGAGAAUGAAAGGAAGAAGGACGAGAGCUGAGGACGAGGUUCAGAUGGUAAAUUCCUUGCAAAUGGAUUUUGAAACAGUUAAAGCUUCAACAAACAACUUUUCUGAUGUUAACAAGCUUGGAGAAGGUGGAUUUGGUGUUGUUUAUAAGGGUAGACUCUUUGAUGGACAAGAAAUAGCUGUGAAGAGGCUGUCCAGAAACUCUGGACAAGGUGCAAAGGAAUUCAAAAAUGAAGCUGUGUUGUUAGCAAAGCUUCAACACAGAAACCUUGUUCGACUCUUAGGUUUCUGCCUGAGUGGAGGAGAGAAGUUGCUCAUCUAUGAGUUUGUUUCGAAUGGAAGCCUUGAUCAUUUUCUAUUUGAUCCAAUAAAAUGUGCAGAUCUCACUUGGGAAAGGCGCUACGGAAUUAUAGUAGGGGUUGCUAGAGGUCUUCUUUAUCUUCAUGAAGAUUCUCGACAUAGAAUUAUUCAUCGGGAUCUCAAAGCUAGCAAUGUUUUGCUUGAUGAACAAAUGAAUCCAAAAAUUUCAGACUUCGGCAUGGCAAGGCUUUUUGUACCAGAUCAAACUGAAGGAAAUACGCAUAGAGUGGUUGGAACAUAUGGAUAUAUGCCCCCAGAGUAUGCAAUGCGUGGACACUUCUCAGUUAAGUCUGAUGUAUUUAGUUUUGGUGUCCUCCUCCUUGAGAUUAUUACUGGUAAGAGGAACAAUGAUUUCUAUCAAUCAGAGCAGACGGAAUACUUCCUAAGCUAUGCAUGGAGACGGUGGAAAGAAGGGGCAGUUUUAGAGUUGAUUGAUCCUACAUUAUGCGAUCGCUAUUCAAGGCAUGAAGCGCUGAGAUGCUUCCACAUUGGGUUGCUAUGUGUUCAAGAAAAUUUAGCUGACCGACCCACCAUGUCUUUGGUUAUUCUUAUGCUCAACAGCUACUCUGUUACACUUGCAUUACCUUCAGCACCUCCAUAUUUCAUUAGUGGCAGAGCCAAGACUAUCGUUCCUGCAAGGAGUGAGUCACAAGGAACUGAAUCUGAUCAAUCUGCAAGCAAGGUGUUACUGCAAUCUAUAAAUAUGUCAUUGACAGAGGUAUACCCACGCUAGUUUUAGGGGAGAAGCUUAUAUAUCAUAAAAGGUGGGUUUUUAAGUAGUUUUGCUCAACCUUACCCAGAGACAAAUUAGGCGGGAUACCUUGGUGUCAAUUUCAACAGAUAUGUAGUUUAAUCUAGUUCAAAUUUCCUCUGGUUCACUGAUGUAAAAUAUAAAGUCACCAGGAAUAAUUCUUGUGCUUUUGCAAUUACAGCAGACUGUCAAGCAGUUAAUCUACCUUAGACUUUUCCUAGUUAUGAAAAAGCUUUAUUUUAAACAAGAAAGAAGGAAAGAGGACCUUAGAACUUCAUGCAAGGCAUGCAUGGAAGGUUGAACUGUUUUACUUGUUGUUGAAUUGAAGGAUGUAACUAUAUAUUUUUUAGCAGACGUUCAAACUUAAAACAUGUUACAUUUUGUUUA